CAGGAUGUUUUCUGAUCUGGCUGGCAUCAACUACACCUACAACGGGAGCGACGACCCGUUCAGCUUCCUGGACCGGGAAUGGCGCGACACGCCGAAAGAGACCCUGUCCAGGACUGGCUUCAUCGUGCUCUCCGUGUUCCUGGGCUUAAUCAUGACCUUUGGCUUCCUCAACAACUUCGUCGUACUGCUCCUCUUCUGCAAGUUUAAAACGCUGCGUACUCCGGUCAACAUGCUCCUGCUCAACAUCAGCGUGAGCGACAUGUUGGUGUGCAUGUUCGGGACCACGCUCAGCUUCACCUCCAGUAUCAAGGGAAAGUGGCUCCUGGGCCGCCACGGCUGCUUGUGGUACGGCUUCAUCAACUCCUGCUUCGGUAUCGUGUCGUUGAUCUCCCUGGUGGUCCUUUCAUAUGACCGCUACAGUACCCUGACUGUAUACAACAAGCGUGGUCCCAACUACCGCAAGCCCUUGCUGGCCGUGGGGGGCUCCUGGCUGUACUCCCUGAUCUGGACGGUACCCCCCCUGUUGGGCUGGAGUAGCUAUGACCUGGAGGGGGCCGGCACCAGCUGCUCCGUGUCCUGGACCCAGAGGACGGCUCAGUCCCACGCCUACAUCAUCUGUCUGUUCAUCUUCUGCCUGGGUCUGCCCAUCGUCAUCAUGGUCUACUGUUAUUGUCGGCUGCUGUGGGCCAUCAAACAGGUGGGUAAGAUCCGUAAGACGGCGGCGCGGCGGAGAGAGCACCACAUCCUGUUUAUGGUGCUGACCACGGUGGUGUGUUACAUACUGUGCUGGAUGCCCUACGGCGUGGUGGCCAUGAUGGCCACAUUCGGCCGGCCCGGCAUCAUCACCCCCGUGGCUGCCGUGGUGCCCUCCCUCCUGGCCAAGAGCAGCACCGUCAUCAACCCCCUCAUCUACAUCCUCAUGAACAAACAGUUCUACAGGUGUUUCCUGAUCCUGUUCCGGUGUGAACGGCGCUCCAUGGAGAACGGCCUCUCCUCCAUGCCCUCCAAGACCACCGUCAUCCAGCUCAACCGGCGUGUAUACAGCAACACAGUGGCUUGCACUGCCCAGAUCUCCACUGGUACCCACAACUAUGGCUGCAGCACCCCGGCCACUGAGCGCACCAACCCUCCAGAGGUCACUUCCUGAGCAGGUGCGCCAG